AUGGAUCACGUCGACAGUCACUUGGCUCACCAAGCCAGCCAAGAAACUGCAUCAUUCUUCACUCCUCUCAAUUUCGUCCUAAUCUGCGCCGUCCUCUACACAACAUAUGCCCUCAUGCGCUCAUCGCCACCACCAUCGCUCCCCCGCGACACCCCAUCAACCGUGUUCCGAACAUACACUCCUCACACACUCCUUCCCUUCAACGGCGAGGAGGGCCGCCCUGUCUAUCUCGCUGUUCGCGGCCGUGUUUUUGAUGUCUCACCUGGGCGUAACUUCUAUGGUCCUGGUGGCCCGUACAGCAACUUUGCUGGCAGGGACGCGAGCCGAGGUCUUGCGUGCGGCAGCUUCGACGAAGAUAUGCUGACCAAGGAUCUUGAUGCUCCGCUUGAUAAGCUCGAGGGGUUGGAUGCGGAACAGAUGGAUGCGCUGCAGGGUUGGGAGGAGAGGUUUUUGGAGAAGUACACUGUUGUUGGAAAGCUGGUUUCUGUGCAAGACUACGAGGCGCAGAAGGCCUGA